GCCACUAUACUGCUGCGUGUCACUAAAAAACGUAAAAACAUAUAUUAUUUUAAAGCGCGUGACAUGGUGUGACUAGGAAACAUUUAUGAAUGACGUGAGUGGAACAGGGCAAUGAAGGAGGGUGAAGCCAGGGCCAGACAGAGGAGACGGACGCGGGGUUGUGUUGGUGGCGCGCCGGGACCUCCACAACAACCUUUGAAAAUAUUCCCAGCGAGAGUCCUGCAGCAGUUGAUGUGGGCCUCGUCUCCUGCUCCACCACGCUAGAAUGCAGCAGAACACACUGAGUACCACGCUCAACUUUGGGAGUGGCGAGGGAGGUGGUGAUGGAGCUAUUCAGGACUUGGAAGUGGCUGGACGACUUGUGGAUAAGCAUCUUGGCUACGAUUCCAGCUUCCCUUCACUCCUGGAUAGGCUCAGAAUAUCGCCACAAGGUUUUGCAACAGUGAGCGGGUUGAGUGAGAGUGAUUACCCCAACAGUAGCGAUGCUCGCUCUUCCCGCCACCUUCACACCACACGCAAGGUGCCUCUACCUUCAGAGCUCAUUCACCACUUCCAACAUAUGCAGUGUAACUGCAUGAUGGGUCUUUUUCCCGAGAUCAAUCGUGCCUGGUUAACUAUAGACAGCGACAUAUAUGUCUGGGUUUAUGAGGAUGGGAGCGACUUAGCAUAUUUUGAUGGACUUCACGAAACCAUUUUAAGUGUAGGUCUUGUCAGACCGAAGGCUGGAGUGUUCAAACCAUACAUAGAGCAUCUCCUUUGUCUCACAACCACCUCUGAGAUUGUUCUAUUAGGGGUGUCCUUCUCGCAGUCCACAGAUGUUGAUGAAAGUUCUGGAAUGCAUCUUUUACCAGAACCUUUGUUUUCUGUGCCAACCGAUGGCUCGUAUGUCCUCACCAUCCGUGGUACUAGUGAUGGCCGCAUUUUCAUGGGGGCCAAAGAUGGAUGUUUGUAUGAAUUAGUUUAUCAGGCAGAGGAUGGCUGGUUCAGCCGUAAAUGCCAGAAAGUAAACCUCUCGAGAUCCGCCAUCUCGUACCUUUUACCCUUCCUGGCCUUUUCCGAGGAUGACCCAAUUAAUCAGGUGGAAGUAGAUGACAGCCGACAUAUCUUGUAUACCUUGAGUGAUAAAGGAACUAUUACGGUGUAUGAUUUAGAUUCCGACGGCAAGAACACAUCUCGUGUAGUUUCAGUCCCUCAUAACAACAUCAUGAAUGCUGCUCUUCAAGUCGCAAAGACGGUAGACAAAGCCAAUUUCAGGGGCGUAGUGAGCUUGUGUCCAAUAAGUACCAGUGAGUCGACUCACAUCCACCUUGUGGUUGUAACAGGUACGGGAGUGAGAUUGUAUUAUACAACAAUACCAUUGACUGGUGGACCAAACCAGCGUCCAGUACAGCUGACGUUGCUCCAUGUUCGUCUACCUCCGGGGUUUGCCGCUAAUGCCACAGUUUACAGACCUACAAAAGUUCACAAAGCCCUUUAUUCACAUGGUACUGGUGUUCUGUGUUCCAAUGAGAGCAUUGAAGCAGAUACAGUUUGGACAAUGAGUAGUGAUCAGUACCCUUACCACCCAACCCUAGCAGAAUCUCAGAGCACGCAUGCUGUGGAUGGGUAUGUGUGGGCACUUGCUGAUGUUACUCCAGAAUUGUGGUGCUCUGCACUAAACCCACCAACGCCUCAGGGCACCAGACCACCACUUUUGGUCACGCAGCAUCAACACGCACCCAGGCGUUUGGUUCUGCUGUCAGCCAAAUAUCUUCUUAACACUUUCGCGCUCUCGGCGCUCAAAAAAAAAAAUACCCCAGAUGCUUUCGGCACUUCGCGCGCCUACGCGGUAAGACCGAAAAAGUCCGCGAGCGCACUGGCGAAAACACAAUCAUGCUUGGAAAGUUUAUACAUUUAUACGUUUCCUGACCAUUAUCAUUGACAGGUUGCAGAGUGGGCCACUCGAGCAUUAUUCCUGUAUGGUGCUAACUUGCCUCCAGCAACACCUGCUAAUUUUCCUCCACACACGCCGUCAAACUAUCAAUUCAAUCCAACACAAAUGUCAACGCCUCUCCAUGGCCAGACUGUGAAUACAACUAUAGGCCAAGAUGCACAGUUUUCACCACUGCAUAAUGCUCUAUAUCUGUACCUGGCAAGAAUUUUAAGACCAGUCUGGUCUACUCCACUAGCUAAAGAAACUGUAGUUGACGGAAAGUCUGUGUUGGUGAGUACUAUGACUGCUGAGGAGGUUGGUUUUCUUGCCAGUCAAGUGGAGCUGUUAGCCAAGUUCCUCAUCACCAACCAAGGCGGCUCUGCCUCAUUCCAGCCAAUAAAUAUGUCCAGCAGCAAUGUAAAUAUAGGACGGUACAUCGGAGAUGGGUCCGAGCGGGCAUCAUUAUUGGCUCUGAGAUCACUGUUGGACCAAGCCCUGGAGGUCCUCCGUCUUAUGACAGUCCUCACUACCCACAAUUUUACUACUAUUACUUCAACCAUACAGAAAGAAGUGCGUGAGCAGCUCCGAGGUAUGACCCUACGUGAUUUAGUGUUGACUGGACGUGAAGUUUGUCGUUGUCUCAUCAUGGCACUUUUAGACAGAUACCACGGCGAUAAUGCGUCAGCUGAUGCUAUAUCUGAGCGACUGCGGGAGAUAUGUCCUGGACUGUACCGUAUCGAAGAUGCUAAAUUAGCUAAAGCCAAUGAGAUCAUCUUGGCUGCGAAAGCAAAUACCAAUAAAGCCGAGAAGGACAAAGGCUUCAAAGAUGCAGUGGCACUGUGUAAACAGAUUGGUCAUCACGUGAACGUUAACGGCAUCAGUAGUCAGCUGGCGAGUGGCGGUGCUUACGAAGGUGUGGUGGACCUGUGUCUGAGUGUGGCGGCACAGAGAGAUCCCCCGGGCUUAGCUCUCCACUAUUACAAGAAUAAUGAACCUGCUGAUGAUCAUCAGGGGUAUAUGGCAUUCACAUCAAGAAUGGAAUGUUAUCGAGUGAUAAUGGAUCAGCUGAACCAGUUAGUUGGAGCUGGAGUUCCCCCACCAGCCUCGCCCAGUGUCCCAUCACGGCCUGGGCCACCCACACCACCACCCUCUACACUGCCCUCUACUGAUGCUACGCAGUAUGCUACCCAGAUGAUGACACUGAUUGUAGCAAGUAGUGAUGAGUUGGCUCAUGUAACUUUAUACCAGUGGUUGGUAGACACUAAUCGCACGGAUCAACUCCUGGCUCUGACGUCACCUUAUCUAGAGACAUUCCUUACACGAACCAAUGGCCAAGCACCACUAAAUCACUUGCUUUGGCGAUACUAUGAGAGGAAUAGAGAUUACUUUAAGGCUGCCAAAACUCUUCUUGUGUUAGCCGAACAAAUUGGAGACACGCAAGUGAGUGUGCGCGUGGAGUAUCUCUCUCGAGCCAUUAUGUGUCUCAGCUCGUGUGAAAUGAACACAGCCUCCAACUACUCCGACUUCAUGCUGCAUCUGGAAGAAAAGAAAGAGGUGGCAAGAGUACAGCUUAUGGUCCUGGAUGCACUACAGUCUGAGGGGGCAAGUGCUGAUGUGGUUGCCCAGCUCAACUCUUCACUUCUCACACUAACUGUCCUCUAUGAGAAGUUUGCCGAGCCUUUUUCACUGUGGGAGUGUAAGCUAGCCAUCGUACACUGUGCUGGCCACUCUGAACCCCAGCUGGUGCAGUCUAUUUGGAGCAAGCUGUUAGACAGUGAGUUAGAGAGGUCACGAGGGGGCGCCACGGAGACAAGGGUCGAUUGUUUGUCCAGUAAGAUAAAAGCUCUGGCGCGUCUGUAUUCUGCGAACCCCAACUACUUUCCUCUAGAACACAUAAUAAAGGAGUGUGAAAUUCGGUCGGUUGAGCUUGGAGCCGACACAUCCUGGGUGGUGACUGCGCUCCAGGGUUGUGGGGUACCUGUUAACAAACUUAUCAAUAUUUAUCAUAAGUUGUAUCGUAGUGGGGAGAGUGUGUGGGAAGUGCAGCGUUCCCCUUACCAUUUACUGGGAGUCCUCGCACACCUCAUUACUAUGAUGAUAGACACCAGCUCCUCCGUAGCACCUCAGCAAAGGCGGGCUCAGCGUGAACUGUGUCUGGACUAUGUUGCCGAGUACCUCACCGACUUGAGUGCUUCAGCCGAUCCUUCGGCGGGUGUCAUAUCUGCUCACCUUAAGACCUGUCAGGCCAAGCUAGAACGUUAUGUUUAAUUAUCUCUGGUGUGUGUUCAUGGAAAAUAUAUGUAGUAUGAUUUAGUGUACAGAACAUGUUUAACAGAUUUGAAACUGCAAUAUUGUUUUGUAAAACAUUAAUGACAUGAUAUAGUUUAUAUAUAUGAUUGUAUAUUUCAUUAAAUUCAUAACUUGCUGUAUUUAUUUAUGGGAUGAUUUUGUUGUUUAUCUUAAAUUAUUCACAGUUUUGCCAUCUCUUAAAAAUGGAACACAGUACAGCCAGCACAAAAUAUUCUAAUUAUGCCACUUUUUCUCCUAUUUCAAGAUUUCAAGCCUGUAAUUAUAAAGGUAAUAGAUACCUAGAAUAUACAGGCUGCAAUCAUAUUUCUUUUUUGAACAAUAAAGACAUGUAUGCUAUCCCAGGUUAUAGCCAACAUAAAUGCUGCUGUUCAUGUAUUUACCCCAACAUCUUGUACAGAUGCCUUAAACGCUAUGUAAACCUCAUUGAGAUAUAUUCUACUGAGUUACAUAAAAUGUUGAAGAUUAAUUAUACCUGAAACAAUUUCAUUGAAUGCUUUUCAUGGCGGUGAAAUGCAUAAAAUUGCUGUCAGUAUUUUACUGUUAUACAGUAUUUACAAUUAAGAAUAAUCCUCAAUACACUGACAUUAAAAGCAUGUUAUUCCUUAUAAUGGGUAGCAUUACCAUGUGCCUUGUACAUAUUAAUGUGGCGGAUGUAUUGGGUUUCUCAUUAAAAGCAGAGUGUAGCUACUGUGCUGAUUUGAUUGACAAAAACCUUUUGGGCCCUCUGGCCAGUGUUUCGGGUGCUUAACUCUUGUAGAUGCUGUAUGCAAAAAAUGUCGGAAGUUUGUAAAUGAGGCCUACUCAUGAUGUAACUGCAAUCUCUGUAAAAAGUUAUUUUAUUUUUUUUAAAUGUGCUUUUCAGUAUAAAGUGCAAACAUUUUCUUAGCAUCACAUUUUUAGUGUAUGGAUUGAUCACUUUUGACAAAACACAGUCUCUCACUCUCUCCUCUCUCAUCUCCUCUCUAGUCUGUCUCCUCUAGUGUCUCUCUCAUCUAGUCUCUCUUGUUUCUCUCUCUUUCUCUAUAAAUAAAUAGUCCAUUGUCUAAAAACAGAUGACUAAUAAAUGAAUUCAAACUUUGUGUUAUUCAUGUUACUUUAUUUGUAUGAAAGAUGUACUGUACUUCCUUGUAAAAUAGGACACUUAGAUUUAGAUUUUAAUUAAGCAUAUUCAUUAAACAUUAACUGCCUUUGAAGCCCAUUUUACCAUUAAAUUGACACAGGCUGGCACAUGAAAAGUUUAAGUGAUAUUUUCCACUUUUGCCCUGUGUGAACUUGUCUUUGGGAAAGAUCCAAUAGCAGUGUCCCAAAUAUUUAGUGCAGAAUCAGAUGGUGUUUUCGGAUCGGAUAUAAACAGCGAGUGAUUUCUAAUGCUUUAAAAAAUAACUAAGACUAAUUUGAGGAUGUCAGGAUGCAGGUUAAAUACUAAAUCAGAUUAUAGAGAAGCUAGGUAGAUAAAUAUUACAAUUUUGUAAUCCUCGAUGGAUAGUGUUUAGUAUGAGAAAGUGUUGAAGUGUAAAUGUGGUCAAAGUUAAUUGAGAGGAAUGUUGGAAGUAGCUUGACAAUGCUGGUACAUGUUUUCUUCAUUUUGUUAGAAGGUGUGGAUUAUUAUAGUGGACGUAAAUUAUAAGCUGAAGGUGCUGUAUAAAGUUAUAUAGGUUUUAAUUUGAUACAUUUUAUAAAUGGCAUUGUAUUGUAAAGUUUUGGUAAUGAUGAUAAUGCUUGUAUUCUACUUGAAUUGCAUAAAAUAUUAUUUUUAUACUUUUCUGUUCUAUUGAGGUAGGAAUUUAAGAAUAAUGAUUCUCUUACACACAACCUCUUUCCAUUUUCUGAUACAUUUCCACCCAGUGGAAAGUGGGAAAAAUUGUAAUGAUGAAAUGGGCAUUGCCUAUCCCUAACCCAAAUAUACUAGUGACACUUUACAUUACAUCAACAGCUGUCAGUAAUCAUGACUCGCACUUCUAUUUACUGGGUAUGUAAUGUAACUUCAAGCUUGGAGAGUUUGAUCAUUUCUUACACUGUACAUCUUGAAAAAUCCAAAACUAAAAUAGAAAUCCUGUCUGAU